AUGCCCCAAGUAAUAUUCCCUCUACCCCCCAUCCUACUCACACACACCUCUGUCAACGUGAACGGACACAAGAGUGGACACAAAUGGAGGCGCGUUGUAAGAGCAGACAGUGCACAGCUGCAGCCCAAAAACACCUCCUCCCACUUUCCGUAGUGACUCUACGAGCAAUAUCAAAAAUAAAAAUUAAAAAACACCACACAAACAAGCAAACAAACAAAUAAAAACAAAAACAGCUGACUCACCCCUUAUUACUGUAGACAGCAGUUGGACUCCUGACCCCUCAAGUGCUUAACUAAUCUGCAUUAAAUUUAAAUUUUUACAUUACAGUAUCCAAAACAGGUUAUUUUCCUAUUUAUAAUGUUUCACUUUAAAAAGAAACACAGUAUGGAGGAAAUAUUAAUAUCUUGUGAAAAACAUCCUCAAAAAAAGUCCAUAAAGUUGGAGUUUAGCUGUGUGCUGGAGUGUCCAGGUCGCUCUGCAGUCCUCUAAAUACUUACAGGUGUGAUUCUUGUGCCAGUUGCAUCACCAGUUUUAGUUCUGAAUCUUGACAUGUCUUCAUCAGGGACAUGUCAUAUUUUUCUUAAUACUUUUCAUGAAAUAACCUGAUAGUUAGCUAUCAUAUAUCUUUUAUUGUCCCAUACAGUUUUAUUUUAAUGAUAACAUGCCAAAUAUUAUACGAAUAUAUAUAUGAAUAUACAAAUUUUGAUUUGUUAUGUCUAUUUCGAAUAAUAUGAUUGAUAACUUUCCAAGUCUUUUGAAUAUAGUUUUUACUGUCCUCUAAUAAUCUAUUAUAGUAUUCCUUCUUCUGUCUUCUCACAAUAGAAGCCACUGUGUUCUUAUACACAAUUGUUCUUAUACCGCUUAUACUUUUUUCACUUUCGCUGGUUCUGAGUACUAAAUGUUUCUUGUAUAGUAGAUUUUUCUUUUUACAAGCCUUUUGCAAACUCUUAGUCAUCCAUGGUUUUCCCUUAUAUUUUUCUGUCACCCGGCAAUUUCUAACAGGGCAAUGCUUGUUGUAUAACUCUGUAAAUGUAAACAAAAAUGCAUCAUAAGCCUGAUUUGGAUCCUCAACAUACACCUCAUCCCAAUUACAGUCUGCAAGGUCUACCUUUAAGGCCUCAAUUCUUCCUGGAGUCCUUAUUCUUGCUGUUUUAUAAGUAGGUCCACUUACAUCCUCAGGGGAUUUAAUCGUUAAAGUGUGCAAGAUCACAAAUACAGGAAGAUGAUCACUUAUAUCACUCACGAGUAAACCACUUGUUGCUGGACCAUACACAUUGGUAAAAAUAUUAUCAAUUAGUGUCGCACUCUCCUUGGUUAUCCGAGAAGGCUUGUUUAUAAGAGGUCUUAGUCCAAAUCUAAACAUUGCAUUACAAAAAUCAUUUGUUGGUUUAUGUUCAUUCCAUUUCAACAAGUCUAUGUUAAAGUCUCCACAAACAAAAUAAGAUUUUUUAUCACAUAUUUUCCCAAAGAUAUCAGCUAUGGUAUUCAAAAACUGUUCCAUACAUGAGCCAGGCGCUCUGUAUAUACAACUCAGGACUAUACUUUUACAUUUUUUAUCUGAAUUUCAAUUGUCAAACUUUCCAUGACUUCAUUAACAACUGUGGUAUCGAUAACCUUACAUUGAAAGUCCUUCUGUACAUAAAAUGCCUCUCCACCACCCAUUUUAUUAAUCCUGUUAACACUGAUGAAAUCAUAACCUUUUAACACAAAGUUUGCUCCCUUUUCCUUUGUUAUCCAUGUCUCGCUUAUAGCUAUGACUUGAAAUUUGUGAAUGACUCCAAAUAAUCUUUGAUUUCGGCAAAAUUAGCAUUGAGACUUCUGCUGUUAAGGUGUAUAAUAGUAAAACCUUCCAAAUUAACAUUACAUAGCUUCUCAGAAUAAUAAUCAGCAUUGGCAUUAUAAGCAUCAUAAAGAUUUUCGUCAGGAUCAAUACCGUUUUCAAAACUGAAUGGAUUAUGUUCAGACAAACUGGAAAAAAGUAACUCCUCAGUGUCAUUCUGAUUUUGUGAAUUCUCAUUCUCUGAGAGGUCACUCUCAUCUUCAACAAAAAUAUGUAAAUCUUUACUUGUCAUUUUACAAUUAGAGCAAACAUAGCUCCUAAAACAGUUCUCAGACACUUCAUUAAUUUUCAUUUUUGUAUUGAUCCAGUUCUCUCUGGUGUCGUAUUACAACCACCUUGGCCUGCUCAGGUGUACUAUUUUGCCUAAUAAACACUUUUUCCAUUUCUUGUCCAUGUUGAUUCGACUUUGUUUGUCUAAGAUUACGACACUUUCUGGCUAUUAUUAUUAUUAUUAUUAUUAUUAUUAUUAUUAUUAUUAUUAUUAUUAUUAUUAUAAGUAGUAGUAGUAGAAGUAGAAGUAUUUCUAUUAUUAUUUACCUAGGACCGUUGGAAAGAUCCACAGUUGUCUACAAUGGCUACAACUCCUGCUCGACCAACGUGUUAUUUAAUGUUAUCUCUCAUAUUUAUUAUUAUGAGCCUCUUACCAAAAGAAUACAUCCUCCACUUCCUUUAUUUAUCGUAAUGCAAAACAUGAAUUUGUGGUUUCGCAAACGUAUUUAGCUUUGCAUCUGGUGCUGAUAUCUGUUUUCUUUUUCUAGGUUGUGUUUGUUUCACAUCGGAACUUUUACAGCUCUUACCAUCACGGUUGUGACUUCCGGUGUAGCAGAACAUCGCUGCGCGUACUUCAGGUUUGUUUAGCCUUCCCCAUGCUUGUAGGUUAAUCCAAGUUUAUUCAAUAGCCACUUAUUAAACUAGAGCUACAGACAUAGUUAUAGUUACUCUGGUGUAUACCUCUACAAACGGAACUCAUUUUUCCUUUUGAAGUGGUGUAGUUCGCUGCGGAAGUUGUUUGGCAACAGUCAUAUGUGCUAAUUUAAGCUAGACAGCUAACGUUAGCACAGAAAAGCGGGUUCAGAGAUUGGUCUUAUUAUCCCACAAUGUUGUUUUAUCUGCUUGUUUUUGUUUUGCUUUUUGCAACAACUGCAUAACUGAGGCUUAAAAACCUGAUUGUACUCUUGUCACGGUGUAAUGUUACCACUCUAAAUGUAGUGUAAAUGUACAGUAAUAACCGAAGAGCGUGUAAACAUCAUCCCUGAUCCUGAAGUCAGGACCAUUAUUAGGCAGAAGGUCCAGAUCCCAAACUACAUAAAUAUAGAGCUACGUAGACGAGUCAGAUCUGGUCCACACCGUCCAGUGUAGUCUACACACUUUAAAAAACGGGGUUAACGACUUUAUUCUGUUAGUACAAAUUAAUGCAAGUUUUACUGUUCGGUUUCUCAGUGAGAAGAUUUUGUGUUUCUGUAAAAGAUAUUGAUCAACCUUUGACUACAUCAACCCCUGACAGUCUCAGAUUAACCAGGGGCUUAUAAGAAAUCAGUAAAAACCUGCCGUAAUAAUCUCCAAAGGUCAGUAACAACAGCCUGUACGACAGCUGUUUUGUUGAUGAAUGAUUUCAUGAAAAGCAAAAAUGUAGUGGAUCUGAUAUGAAAUCAGUUUCAUUUUUUGAUUUAUUGGCAUUUCAGUUUUGAGAGUUAAAAAAACAACAAAUUACAAUGAAGUUGCAAUUAACUUGGAAUGCAGACGUGUUAGUUCCUUAUUUGUAGUAGUAGGAUGAAAUACAUAUCACAGAUGAGACUUUAAAGGGCCCAGAAAAAUAAAAUUUGACCCAAAAAAUAAAUAAACUGCAAACCUUUUUAUUAUUAUUAUAUAUUUUUUAAAUGUACUAUUGGGGACAUUUUUGGCCUUUAUUGUUAGAGGACAGUGGAUAGAGAAGAAAAAAGAGAGAAAGUGGGGCAUGGCAUAGGACAAGGAGCCACAGAAUAGAGCCUGAGCUGCCUGUGUAUGUGGAGCACGCAAAGACUGCCAGGCUAUGGGCUUUCUGAACAGCUCACCAUUUUAACAGAUGCUUUCAAAUACAAAAGAUUGGGACUACAACAAACCAUUAAGAUAAUGUGUUCUUGAUUAUGUGUCAACAAUGAGAUUUUGACCUCUUGUGUAAAGAAAUUUAGUAUUUGUGUAAAUGGAAAGGUGUUCCACAUAGUUUGUCCACUUCAGUAACAAACAUGAAGCAAGCAUAAUAUUAGGAACAAAUUUCCAGUAUACUCCAGUAAACCACCAACACUCAAGAAAACUUCAACAAUUAACUUCGACAGGAAUUUGUCUGUCUCACCAUAUCAAUGAACCCCCCAAAAUUAGACGUUUUUGUCAGUUUUCCUCUAUUUUAAUUGGUUUUGUGACAAUUCAGCUACCUCUUUUUUCCUUUGCAAAGUUCCACGUGUAGUUUUAUAUAAUUUGACAAAAAUGUUUUAGACAAUUUGUCUUUCAUCGUUUGUUUAUAUGUUCAUAAUGACAACCCUGAUUACUACGUGCAUUUAUCGUCUAUAUGAGCCUAACAUUUGCUGUGGGACUAAACUGACAUGUAACUAUGACUCACCUGUGUUGUUUGUGUGUGAUCUCAACCAGGCGGUGGAGAGUGGAUGCUGAUGGGGGACGAAAAGGACACCUGGAAAGUAAAGACUCUUGACGAAAUCCUACUAGAGAAGAAACGCAGAAGAGAAUUAGAAGAGAGAUCCGACCCGAAGCGCCAGAAAAAUGUAAAGUAUCUCAAAACAAAAUUUGGAUUAUUUAUCACAACAGGUCAGUGUCCACGACUUAAAGGGGAAAAAAACUGUUUUGAAGGGAAAUGUUUUUUUUCCACCAAGAAUUGAAUCCCGCUUAAUCGUGUUCUUGUUCCCCGGAAAAGGACAUUUUAUGGAUAUUUCCUUUAACUGUUGCCACAUGCUCUGCCCAUGUUGUUUUUUCACAGUUCACCCAGGGCCCUGUUCCACAGGCGGAUGAUCGGGACGCCAAACGAGACACUCCGGAGGAAGGAGAACUACGGGAUCAGAGAAUGGAAAUAACAAUUCGUAAUUCCCCGUACACACGGGAAGACUCAACAGAGGAUAGGUAUGAGCAAUCCUAGGAAAACAAACAUCAGUGAAUAUGUGAACUUGUCAUUCAGGCUGCCUCUGUCCAAAUUGAAAAUAAAAGAGCUGUUUCUGAAAAUGACACACAGUAAUGUCUGCUUGACCUUUUAGAGAUUCAAAACUUUUCCCUUACUUUCGUGCAGGGGAGAAGAAGAUGAGUCACUUGCGAUUAAGCCCCCGCAGCAAAUUGCCAGAAAAGACAAAUCUCACCACAGAAAGGAGGAGAAGAGAAAAGAUAAAAGACGCCAUCGCAGUCACUCGGCUGAAGGAGGUGUGGGAGUGCUGCUUGUUUAAAUAAACACAAACAUGUGUUUCACAGCUGAGGACAACAUGCCGUGAGUGUUUUCUUCGAUCUGCUUUUCCUCACAUUUUUUUAUCUUUUAUAGUAGGGAAACAUGCUCGACCCAAAGACAAAGAAAAAGAGCGAGAGAGCGAUCGCAGGAAACGUCAGUGGGAAGAAGACAAGGCCCGGCGAGACUGGGAGAGGCAGAAACGAAGGGAACAGGCCAGAGCUCAUUCCCGCAGAGAGAGGUGAGCGCUACAUGAACUUUAAUCAAUUCCUGCAAAGAAAUAUGACUGUGUGUUUCUUCUAACAAGUAAAUUAGAUACACCAAACAACCAGCUCAUAAACUGGGGUUGUUAAGAGUGUUCAUCAAUAUGUAGAUAAAUGCAGAACAAUUACAGCCAUUUACUGUGUGUAUUGCUAAGCUUUGACAACCCCAACAAUGACAAGAUUGACCCUUUGAUUGUCUGGGCAGACCUCGAUUGGACUCUCCUGGGUUUUUUUUGGACCACAGGGACCGGCUGGAACAGCUUGAGCGCCAGCGUGAACGCGAUCGAAAGCUGCGCGAACAGCAGAAAGAACAACGCGAACUGAAGGAUCGGGAAAGGAGGGUAGAGGAGCGACGCAAAGAGCGGGUUGCACGGCGGGAAGGUCUGUGAAAAAAGCCAAGUCACUGUCUUGGUAACCGCCUCAUUUCGUCAACGUGGCUGCUAUCAAACUAGCUGUCUGCCCUCUGCCUUGAUCUUUGUGCUUUGCUAGGAUAGGCUCUUAAAUUCUAGCUCUGCACACAAAAACUGUUGCAGCAUUGGGGUUAAAGUUGAAUAAUCAUUGCAGAAAUAUAAAUCUAUAACACAGGUCUUAUCAUUUUUCAUGACCUUUUAUCAAUUCAAGGAGAAGUCUUGAUUCAAAACUGAGAGGGAUGAGAAUAAUUACAAUCCUUUACUCUCUUUCUGAAGACUGAAUAAUAUUUUCCAAAUGUUCUGAACACUCUUGACAAACUACACUUUAAGUAAACAGGGUUCCAGCUCCAUUGAUUAUCAUUACUUUUUUAUAUACAACUCCAAAUUUGAAGAAGUAAUUAGUCAAAAUGUCUCCGUUCUGCAGUGCCAUCUCACCAUCGGAUGCUACCAGAGGAGUAUGAUGACAAACUGAAACAGAGUCACCGCAGUCGGAGCCCUCCACGAGCUCCCCGGGACAGAUCUGAGCACAGUGAAUCACGGAAAACUGCAGGUGAGUUUCCCAGCCUUAGAAAACAGGGGUGUUUACUUCUAUGCAUACUUGUGCAUAACUGUGCAGUGACUCCCAGAGAUCAUCAAUAUGUUGCAGCUUAAUUCAUGCUUUGAUUUGUCCGCAGCAUCAAAGGAGGAGAAGCUUGAGGGCAAAGACCUGCUCACAGACCUUCAAGACAUCAGUGAUAGUGAAAGAAAGACUAGCUCUGCAGAAUCCUCCAUAGGUAAGUGAUAACAUUGUUUACACCUCUGGCUACCAGGGUAGGGUGUUGUACUGAUUUCCAUAACUGGUAAUGCUAAAAUACAAAUAAAUCUAUCACCACAAUGCCAAAAAACAGAGAUGACACAACGGUUCUAGUGCUUCUCAAUUCCCUAACAUCUCAUUUGCCCUCUCUAGCUUCUGGAUCAGGCUCUGAAGAGGAGGAAGAUGAUGACGACGAAGACGAGUCCAGCAGCCAGAGUGAGGGUGAAGAGGAGGAAGGGGAGGAGGAGUCCGUUUCAGGCUCUGGACGGUCUGAGCAGAGUGCAGGUAAAAAAUAAAAAUAAUAAACUGUAGAAUACUGCUCCUCUGUUGUGAGUUCAGUCCAGCUCGACUGCAGCAGGUUUGACACAGUUUCUGCCCUUAUUCUUUCAGAGGACGUGAGUGAAGAUGAGCAGUCUGAUGAAGACUUUGAGGAGGAGAGGGAAAAUGGAAAUCAUAUUCCUGCAGGUGGGUGAACUUUUGGCCAGGGAUAUGUGUGAUGGUGUUGAUUUCUAAUGAUGGCUUCAGAUAAUAUGAAGCUACCAAGUCAUCAGAACAUUAAUUUACAAACUCUUAUGACAAAAAUAUAAUAUGCCUUUCAACUUACUCUUUUUGUGGUUUAUUUAAAAGGCUUACAUCUCUCUGCCCUAUAAAAAGGUUUGAUGAUCAUGAGAGAAAAAGUGUAACUCAUAUGUGCGUCAGGAAAGACAUAGUUAUAUUUACUUAACAUAUGAUUGUUAUCCUACAGUCAAACAUUGAUGCAUUUCCACAAUAAAAUAACAGUGUUUGAUUCUGAUUACUGGCGUGCAAUAGUAUAUUUCUUUUUCAUCAUCAUUGUAAUAUGAGCACAGGAUUUAAACAAAGCAAAAACCUGACUUUAUCACUGUGAAUAAAUGAAAUUAUUAAGUAAUAUGAAUAUGCAAUUGCUCUUCAGUAAGUGUGUUUACAUUUCCCUAAAGCAUGAUUACCCUGAUGCUGUUAGAUGGAUCUUAAACUUCACAGACAUCAGAGAGUCAUAGACUGUAAGUUAAAGCUGAUAUGCACAUUGAAAUAUGUUUCUAUUCAGUUUCACAUUGCUUUUUGUCGUACCAAACUAUGUUGUUGCACACUUUUGUAUUUUCUCUCACUGUGCCAACCUAAUCUAACACAAAUAAAUAGGUGACCCCUCUAAAAUUAAAAACAGUACCCAAUGUGAGGAUUAAAAUCCUGCAGCCUUUUUGAUUCUUGUGGCUGAAGGGCACACAAGAGAUGGAUAACAGAUUAAUGCCAUCAGAUUUAUUUAAGGUAGCAAUUUGCUAAACUCUAUUUGGUGUCAAUAGACAGAAGUAGUGUGUGAUAAACAGCAGAUAAACAGGUUAUAUGUGGAUCAGGGUUAUAUGAUCUUUUUAAACCGUUAAUGAGAAACUGUGUUAUCACACAUCACAUGUUUAAAAGUUUCUAAUAUGCAGCUUUGUAAAUAUUCAAACAAACAGUGACUUUGAUGAAGGCCAAAGCAAAAUGUGGUAUUGUUUUUUUUUAUUCCUCUAGUGUUUCUGACCUUUUGUUAAAUUCACUCCCCAACGCUAAACAAAUGUUUUCUCCACCCCACAGUGCCAGAAUCCCGUUUUGAUCACGACUCUGAGGAAAGUGGUGAAGACAUGGGGGAAGAGGAGGAGGAGGAGGAGGAAGAGGAGGAGGAGGAAGCAGGAGAGGGUGACCCUACACCACAGUCCCAAACUCAUUCCCGCUCCCCCACCCCUGAAGAAAACUACAUCCCCGACUCGCCCCCCAUCUCACCCGUGGAGCUGAAGAAGGAGCUGCCCAAAUACCUGCCAGCUUUGCAGGUCUGUACCUGAGAUUGUAAUCAAACAUUAUUCCAAUGGUUUAUUUAUUUAUUUAUUCAUUUCCAUAAUUGAGAGUCAGCAUUCUUAGAUCCUGUGUUUGUUUGUUUUUUCAGGGUUGUCGCAGUGUGGAGGAAUUUCAGUGCCUGAACAGAAUAGAGGAGGGAACCUACGGUGUGGUGUACAGAGCUAAAGACAAGAAGACGGGUAUGAAAAGAACAAGUGUGCCUGUGUGAUGCUGUUUCACAGUUGAUUUUUUACUCAAACAACAAAUAUAAUCUCAUGUUCGUAGAUGAAAUCGUGGCCUUGAAGAGGUUAAAGAUGGAGAAGGAGAAGGAGGGCUUCCCCAUCACCUCUUUAAGAGAAAUCAAUACAAUCCUGAAAGCUCAGCACCCUAACAUCGUGACAGUCAGAGUAAGAGAACUUGAAAACGAUUGACCAGAACUUUUAUGUGCCAAAUACAUCCUGAUGUGUUCUCAAUCUGUCAAAACUACACUUCUCUUUGGUUUUAGGAAAUAGUUGUUGGAAGUAACAUGGACAAGAUCUACAUCGUGAUGAACUACGUAGAACAUGACCUGAAGAGUCUGAUGGAAACCAUGAAGCAGCCUUUCCUGCCAGGUAAUGUCAGACACUGUUGAGUUCUGCUCAGUAAAAAGUUUCAUGGGAUGACAUGUCUUUAUUAGAGUUGAUUUUUUUUAAAUUAUUCAUGGGUUUAGAGUGAAUUGCCUUUGUUGAAGCAGGAAGUUUCUCUUUCAGGUGAGGUCAAAACCCUGAUGAUUCAGCUGCUUCGAGGCGUCCGACAUCUUCAUGACAACUGGAUCCUCCACCGGGAUCUGAAGACGUCAAAUCUGCUGCUGAGCCACAAGGGGAUCCUCAAGGUACGUCUGGACUGUCAGAGGUUCUCAUUCAAGAGUAAAGCUCAGGGAGUCCACAGGAAGUUAGAGUUUUCAUCUUUUAGAGCUAUAGAUGUCAAGAGUAUGAAAUGAGCCUGACAUUUGCUGCUCUCUUUUUCAGCUCUUUUUAAACCUUAAAGAGGGUGAGAGCAUUUGUAUAUGGUGGAAUCUCUAUUUACAGAUGCUGAAUAAAGUUGUACAAUCUGUUCAUACAGCUGAAAAACAACAGGGCAAAGUCGUCAAUGUGUCUGCUGUUCAACUUAGACCUGCUGGUACUUGAGACAGACUGAUGGAUUAUGUCUCAGGGCAUGUAAUUGGCAAAGAAACAACAGCUUUUAUGUUGCAGUCAUCAGAACAGCACAGAAAAGGACGUCUUGGCUGGUAGUCAUUUUUGUGACCAAUGGCUCCACCAGAAAUACUGAAAUAUAGGCAUCAAAGACAGCUAUUGCCGAAGGGCUCUGAUGAUGCCUGUGGGACUGUUGGAAAUAGUUUGUAUGAGUUCCAGCGAUGGUUGUGUUUAUGAUCACACAAAUUGUUAUAACAUUCAAAGCUGAUAAAUCCAGCAUCUAUACUGGUUUAAAAAAAAAACAUUUAUUAGAUAUAUCAUGAAGACUAAUCCUAAAAUAAAUAAUGAUCUUUUUGGAAAUUUGUGAAGACUAAAGAAGCUCUGACAGGCAAAACCUUGAGACGAUGUAAAACCUUCUCCUUAGCUCACUACUAUAAAGCACAGUUGAACAAAAAACACAUGGUUACUAAAAGUCAAUUAGAGCGUGAAUUUCUGGCACAACUGAACAGCAGAGUCCCUGUGUCAAUAAACCAGGCUGUCACUGACAUUUGUCUGAAUUUAUUACAAGCUGGCAGGAGAAAAUAUGAUUCACACCCUCACCUUUCAUUACCCACUUAGCUGAACCAAAGUGCAUAUUCAAUGAAAGACCAGCAAGCUAAAAGACAUACCCUCAAAUCAACCCAAUGCUUAGACAUGGUUCUUGAUGGUGUGAUGUCGUGAUGCCACAUGUGUUGAAUUGUAGAUCGGAGACUUUGGUUUGGCCCGGGAGUACGGUUCUCCUUUGAAGCCCUACACCCCUGUCGUGGUGACCCUGUGGUACCGAUCCCCAGAGCUGCUACUUGGAGCCAAGGUGAGAAUUCAAAGUUCACAUCUAUCUGUACUUUUCUGACACAAGACCACAGAGCUAUGCUACACAUGACACCACAGAGAUCAAGCUGAUUACCUUCAGCUGUUGUGACAUCUUUUUGAUUUAUUCAUGUGACAAAAUUCCCCCAAAUUCAACUACCUAUAAAGGAUUUACUUUGUAAGAAAGUGAAUACCUUUGCAAGUGUUUUACAGAUUGUGAUUUACAAAGCCAGAUGGCAGAGGUCCAGCUGCCCAGCAGCUCACACAUCCACUUUCACACAAAAGAAGACUCAAACAUGGAGGAGACGUCCCAGGCAGACUGUAAUCUCUGUUUCUGCAGACUGUCACUAUGUUUGUUCUUGUCUCUGCAGGAGUACUCCACAGCUGUGGACAUGUGGUCAGUGGGCUGCAUAUUUGGCGAGCUCCUCACCCAGAAACCUCUUUUCCCUGGAAAAUCUGAAAUCGACCAAAUUAACAAGAUUUUCAAGGUAAAUGCCCUCGUUUCGCUAGAAUAAAAUAAAUAAAUCCACAAUUUAUAGUGUGAAGCUCUUCUUCCAGCCUGUAAAUCUUGUUCAAGUAUUGUCUGUCAGAGUAGGUCAGUUUGUAAUUCUUGGAUGUACCACUGGGUGGAGCUGUUGGUGGACAUCAACCCAGUGGGAGUUACGAAACUUUGAAGUUCAGCAUUUAGUAUUCAGGUCUUAGUUGAGUCAAACUGUGCUGCACUGGUAUGUUUGUUACAGGAUUCCUACGCAAGUAUGGAAAAGUAUGGAAGUAAUUCAAUUAAUUUCCAGGUCUUAAAAAGUGUUGUAAAUGAAAAAUAAGGUAUGGAAAAAUAUUUAUGUUAAUAGACUAUGUUACUACUGUUGUAAAAUGAUGUUUUCUAAAAUAAAAAAGUAGCUUUUUCCAAAAAUGAAAAAUAAAAAUAAAGGUAUGGAAAAGUAUGGAAAUUCAAACUGUGUAGGAACCCCGUUGUUUGUUUUUUUAAAAGUACAUUGUUGAAGGUGUGCUGGUCACAAACUUCCUCAGAAGCCUCUCAUCUUCUGCACGAUGUGGCUGUGUCCUUCUGCACAGUUCAUUCCUGCCAUAUUAAUAUAAGAAUAUAGCCUCAUAUCGAAAACUGAUCCUCUGACCUAAUGGCACGUUUUUUUUAGACGUGUGUUUUAGCACAGCUGAAGAAGUCCUUAAAGAGUUAAAUUAGGCCGAUAUCUGAAACUAUUAACAGGCACACAGAAGUCAAAUAAACUCCAGACCACAGAAGUUUGGGUAGAAACUAUAAAAGUAAUGAGGGCUGAAAUCAGACCUUUAAAAACAGAGUUUUGUGUCUGGUCUGGAGCGCAGACAUACAUUAGCUCAGCUGCUGAGGACUCAGCUGUGGCGAGGAGAUUGUCGUAGGGUUGGCUGUGCCUGUCUGCCCACUGCGGUUAUCCUCUGCAUGUCAUCACAGUGCAGCUAAAGUGGACUGACCUGGGGCCUGUGGAAAAACCCUAUUAGUUGGUUGAAUGAGUUUUAAGUAGAGGAUGUGCAUAAUACAUGACAGCUGAUGUCAUUUAAGCUUCCCAAGCCAUCCUGCAGUCUUUACCGCUGAUGAAUUACAGUAUUGAAAUACACUUAGGACUUCUUAAUGUCUGUGGUUGAUGAACACAUGUGUACCUCACAUCCAUCUCUCCUUGCACUUACAGUGUGCUGUCUGCUGACCCGUAUAUGUGUGUGCCUGUCUUCUCUGUAGGAUCUGGGGUCACCCAGCGAGAAGAUCUGGCCCGGCUACAGUGAGCUACCUGCUGUGAAGAAGAUGACUUUCACAGAUUACCCCUACAACAACCUGCGAAAGCGCUUUGGAGCGCUGCUCUCAGACCAAGGCUUUGACCUCAUGAACAAGUAGGAAUCUGAAAGUCAUACAGGAUACAAAAUUACAGUCUUUAAUGCACCACAGUCAGCCUGGUUAUCAGUUGCAACUGUUUUCUGACUGUGUGCAUAUAACAGAAUGUGGCAGCUGAAUUUUCGAAUUUUCUGUAAUCCAACAUGCCGACAACUCCUAGCUCCUUUUGGCUGAUGUCCCUACUGAUAUCCACACUUUUCAGAGCUAAGCUACCCAUAAAUGCUGUACUUGGCAUGAGGGGCAGAACUUGAGUAACUCAAAACUCCUAUCCCCAGUAGCCCUUGAGUUGUGCAAUCAAGGGCUGCACAAAAAUCAAAUUUAGCCAGGAAAGGGAUUCUUAGACCCUGAAGAGUCGACUUUUAAUUCUUCACACUAUCCAUGUGCGUGUCUACAGUUUCUCCUCAGCCUUGUGGAUUCAGAGGAAAGUAUCGUACCAUACUAACUGUGCCGUGCAGCAAACAAACUUCAGAGUAACUCCAAAAAGUCUUCAGUAGCUGAAACAUAAUGACUCACUUGUGCUCAGCGACAAAGGGAGUUGCCAGUGAGACAUUACAGGAGUCUGCACUAAGGUUAUUGUUUCCUUAUAUAAAACAGUAAUGGAUAGCUAUGUAAUCAUGGUAUUGCCCUUUAAUUCCAUACCUGAUGAUAAAAGGGCACGUAAUUUGCAGCGGCAGAAUGCCUCCCUCAUUUUGCACGGACUGGUGGUGACUGAAGGUUACCAUGGUAACCAGACAUAUUGUGUUUUUUACUAAAAUGCUGAAACUCUUUGUUUUGCUUCCACAAAUUACACUUUGAUGCAGUAGAUACUUCUGAAUUAGGAUCCAGUCAAUGCUUUUACUCUUAAUAAAGCAAAAAUGCUCUGAAAUAUUUGACACAAAGGUAGGCAACUACAACAGUACACUGUAUUUGUAAGAGCUACACAUUAGCUUUUAGGGGUGAGAGAAAAAAUCUAUACAGCAUAGUAUCGCGAUAUUUUGUCUGGUGAAAUAUCGUAUCGUUUUAUCCACCAAGUAUCGAUUUUUUUCAAAUUAAUUGCUAAUAUGAAGUCAAACCUAUGAUAAUGGAAAAACAAAAUCAACUGUUUUUCCAGUGAGGUCCAGUGGUAGAAGUGACAUCAUAGAGCAGGAGAAAGUUAGUACAACAAAUAAAUGGUUUGCUAGAUGUGCUACAUGAAAAUAAAAUACUGUGUAAAUAAAACAAACAUAAAGGAAAGGAAAAUGCUAAAUUAGCUAAACAGUUGAAAAAAUUUGUAUAAAUCGCAAUAUAUUGUAUUGCAAUACUCACUGUAUUGCAAAAUAUUAAAAAUGGCAAUAAUAUCAUAUCGUAUCUUGGCCCAAAUAUCAUGAUAAUAUCAUAUUGUAGCCCAGGUAUCACGAUAAUAUCGUAUCACAGGGCCACUGGUGAUUCCUGCCUCUAUUAGCUAUAUAAAUCAGACUGUGCUGAAGUAGUUCACUGACAGAUCAAGAUUGCUUAACUUCUUGAUGUGAAAUUGGACCAAAAGCACAAACAAAGAAAUUACAUCUAUAGCCAAACAUGAAAAGACUUAAAAAGAGAAAGGAGAAAAUCAGAAAUAAUGCAGAAACGGCAGAAGCUGGUUCAAAAGAAAUUGCCACAAGGUAGGAAAGUUAUUUUUUUUUAUAAUAUAAUGAGUCAUUGGCCUCACAUGACAUUUAAGAUAGUUAUUGUUCAGUUCAAAGAUUUCAUGUUCUGCUCUGCACACUGUCUUUCCCUGCUUUUGCAAUCCUUUGCCAGUAACAACCCUGAAAAGCAUCUUUAGCUGAAAAAAAAAAGCUUGAGUCCAAAAUGGAUCAACUCUAAUUAAAGUUCCUGUAAACAUGUAGUUUGAACUGGCUGUAGUAAUGAUUUAAUAGCUAAUGAAAGAAUUCGUAGUCACACACAGCAGUGAUCUGACUGUCUGUACCUAGCCCAGGCAUGUCAGCGUGUGCUUUAUAAUGGCAGUGGUUAUUAAUAGUUGUCAGCCGAAGCACCUUGUGGAGUUUUCUUAAAGGUCAAAAGUCCUGAAUAAAUCUUGAAAGUGUCUCGUUACUUUCCAUCAAUUAUCGAUGGAAAUAUCAAUAAAUGGCAACUACUAAUAUCAGUAACAAUCAGCAUGACAGUGGAAAUUGCCUUACUUGGAUGAAGGCAUUGCUUCCCUGUCAGAGUCUGUGACUCUUUCCAGCUCAGGCAGUGCAUUUCUGGCGAGCUGACUUAAAACAUGACAACGGCAGCGGACUUGUAAUUCAUCAACAUGCCUCAGCAGCGGUCUCGUUCCAUCCCCUUGUUCCCUCUCAUACACACUCACCAUGGUGAUGCUCCACACUACAGGAAAAUGUUUUACAAAUAACACUCUUAUAAUACGGAAAAUCAUUUUCACACAGCAAGUAAUGGGUUCAUUACUCCUUCACACGCAUUCCAGAGAUCAGCAUUGUUUAGCAGCUGCAAAGAGCAGAGACAGAGUUUUUCACUUCUCCUCUCAGGUCCUUACCCACCCACAGAGCUGUUUUUCCUACACCUGUAAAUGACAAAACCAUACCACUCGGCCGCCACACAGCUGCAGAGGAUGGUAACCGCAUGUCCAGAGUGCAAGCGGAGGAAUCACAGUUCAGUGGAAGGUUGGCGUCCGUCCAGCACAGACGAAACCUUCCAGCUGUCAGAAAACUCACAAGGCGUUUACUCAACUACAGAUUAAGUCCUCUAGAGGUCAACGCGGAUGUGAUUUUUUUUUUUUUUUUGGAGAGUCUCAGACAGAGGGUCAGAGGUAGAGUUUGGCAGGUAGAUAUCACAGAGAUGUUUGGAAUAUCACAUCCUCUUGUGCACGGAAACGUGUGAUGAUGGAGUCCUCUGGUGUAGCUUUCAGAGCUCAUUUAUUUACGACUUGAAACUGUUGAAAGUUCACUAAGAUUGUGAGCCGGAUAAGGGACCUGCAUUUCAGUUCAGGGCCUCCAGAUCCAGAAUACUGCUCCUUUUCUAUCCCACGCUCUAACUUUCCAUCACCUUGUGUCCCAGAUAUAAAAGUGUGCGUGUGGUUCAAACUCAGAUCAGCAGCGUUCUUAGGUCCUCUUACGAAAGAAUAACAGUGUUUAGAAGAACACCUUGCUGCACUCUUGCAGACUUUAAAAAAUUUGAAAAGGCUUUAAAAAGUCUAAAAUUGGUACACUCUUACAAUUAAGACAAUGUACCAACAAGUCACAGUCACUUUGCAAAGGCUUGGGAUCUUGCCGAGUCACUUAGUACAAAACUAAACCUAGAUUUCUGCUUGAAAUUGACAAAUACUUUUAAGCACAAUCCAACACUAAUGCUGGUAAAGUAAUCUAUAAUCACUGUUACUAUGAUAAUAAUAAUCACAAUAACAUGUAUCAAAUAUAACAUGAAUAUAAUUUCUGACUUGUCAAUGGCUUCAGGAUCCACACUCAUGUCUGUAUGAGAGAAAAGGAAAGCUCAUAGAAAAGGUCUGCGGCCAGAGUUUUAUGAACUGUGGAGAUUUGUAUCACAAUAGAGAAGAGAAGGAGAAAAAAAGGGACAGAAAUUUCUUCAUCCCUCUAAAUCCCUGGUGGGUGUGCUGUAGAUCGCUUCAUUUAAACACUGCCGAGGAUGAGAUUUAAAGCUCCUGUGAGGAGUUUUCUGACAUCUGAGAAAUGGAGUGAAAUACACGUUGAUGCCUUCUUAUGAUAUUCUUAAGCCAUCAGUAACAUGACAGAUGAUUUUUAUAACCUAGUUUUUAAUGCCUGAAACUAGAACAAGGGGGUAGGUGUCAGCAGAGCAGCUAAAGAAACAGUCCUGUUUUUACAAUCUCCACGGAAGGAGGAGUCAGUAGGAUGAGAUUUUAAUACCAGAUAUCAUUACGUGAGCAUGUAGAAGACAGGAGAAGUCAAAACUGCUCUGUGAUAAUAAACACAAAUUGUUUGAUACGAGCCUUUCAGCCAAGGCACGUUCUUUUGCCUCCCUAUCAUGUUUAUUUUGCUUCCUAUUGGCUGCUCUGAAAGCGAUAUUCCAACGUAAAAUCAAUUUAGAGUCAAAGUUUAGUUUGUAAUGCAGAGACAAGAUCAAAGGUUACCCGUAAAAAGGUAUGGACCAUCUUACACUGGGCUACUAAGAUUACAGUAGUGUGCCCCAGCUCCAGCAAAACACCUCUGGUUGUGAUCUCUUUAGCUUCCAAAUUGGCACCGUGCUGAAGAAAAUCCCAGACUGGGGCAGCAGCAGUAUGUUGGCGUUGUUUAGUUCAGUGUGCAUACUUCAACAUUCAAAGGAUGCCUUAGCUUCAGGACGAGGCAGAUCUCUCUAUUGCCAGGUCAGGCCCUGAGUGUUGUAAAGCUCCUGUCAGUCAAAUCCCAGACAGUAACCCUCCCACAUGAAAACAGAGACAGAUCCUUUGAGGCUGGUGUUAAUUACUUACCCCACAAACUCUGCUCACAUGUUAAGGAUUUUUAUCACACAUCAGGAAGUCCAAUUAUCCCGAUUGGACAGUUUCUCAUUUUGCAGUGUUGAUCCUGUCAGAUGUUGUUAUGACAAAACACCCAGCCCAUCAUGCCAGGGCUGCACCUUGGAUCCAGAUUGUUUGUCUCGAUGGGAACCAGGAUACGUGUUUAUCAGAGUUUAAUUCACAUUUAUUUUGGUGAAGUCCAGGUUUAGGAGUUUUUAAACAUCACUCUGAACACAGAGACACAGACUAUACAAAAAGCCCUCACAAUUAUCUGAGCGGCCUGAUUUCUCAUGCCGCUUCAUUGCAACAUCGCUCAAUUGCGUAAGCAUCUCCAUAUGAACUUGGUCACCUUUUUCCAGAUUCCUCACCUACUGCCCCAGCAAGAGGAUCUCAUCAGACGAGGCGCUCAAGCACGAGUACUACCGUGAGACGCCGCUGCCCAUCGACCCAUCCAUGUUCCCCACCUGGCCGGCCAAGAGCGAGCAGCAGAGGGUGAAGAGAGGCACCAGUCCUCGUCCACCCGAGGGAGGCCUGGGCUACAGUCAGCUGGUAAGGACAUUAGGCUCCACUUUCUCCAUUACAUACAGCUACCAGGCUUUCUGAACGCUGUCUGUGUUAAAUAGAUUACAGAGGUACAGGCUUCUGCUUUGUGUCUGCUUAUUUCCUCCUUGUGUUUUCCAUGAUGAGCACCUUCUCGUCCUUAAUGUUUUCACCAGUGGGCCUACCCACCCAGAAGCUUUAACCUGAUCCUGAUAUUUUUGACUUACCUUGGUGUUUGUUUUGCUGCCGUACCAACAAACUAGGACAUUUGAAGAAACAGCUGGUGUGCUUGUUUAUCUCUGUUUUAUUCUUGUCCAGGUGGGAAAGCUUGUGAAACUAAACUUGGAACAUCAUAACUCAAUAAAUCUAAUCAUAUUGUCAACAGAUAUUCAUACAAUAGUGGGGGAACAGUCAUAGUGUGUCAGUUAAAGGUACAGUGUGUCGUUUUUUUAGUCACACGAAGCAGAACACACUUGUAGAAAUGGAUCAUUCUUAAUUAUAAAUAAUAAGUUGGUGCCUUCUUCUAUCUUCGGAAGUUUUGUCCUCUAAUGGGAAGUACUUUCAGGCUCUGAGGAUGAUUCUGCUGUCUUAAACAGUGGCAUGUGUGAGUCUUUGAAAAUAUUUGCCAUGAAUAAUCUAAACAAAAGGCCUUUUUCUAUGUGCUGUAACUCACUUUGACACCUUUGACCCUGGUAGCAGGGUCAGAGGUAGGGCUGGGAGAAAAAACGAAAAUUUACCGAUACCAAAAUUUACAACAAUAACCAACGUCAUUUUGCCCAUAUCGGUAUAUUUGGUGUCAGAAAAAAUGAAUAAAUAAAAGUUGGUUGGGGUGUGUAUAAGAAGGCUAUAGUCUCAUGUCCCUUUAACCUCCUAAGACCCGAACUCUUGCAAGGCAUGCAUUUUUAUUUUCUCUUUUAUAUUUAGGCUUAUUGGGACCUGAUGAGUGUAAAAACAAAGAAUGAUCUUUUUACAUGAUGUUGUUUCUGAGAAAAAUGAUGUCCACAUAUGAGGACAUUUGUUUUAAAUUUUGAGAGAAGGCCCUUGUAGACCAAAAUUUAAUAUUGUGGUCUUGACAACCAAAAAUGUGAUGUCCACACAUGUGGACGCCAGGUCUUAGGAGGUUAAGAUGCUGUCCUACCGUCAGAGAUGUGACUCCACCUCAUCCAGUCCGUAACAAAGAGGGAAAGACAGGUGAGGAGAUGGAGGACGGUUCAAAAGUUGGAGAGGCUGAAGCGGCGGCUGAAGUAGAUGAAGUUAAUGUGGGAGGGGUUGAGCAGCUUGUGGAGUAGUUAUCGUCCAUUUCUCAUUAUCGAGGUGAACUGUUCAAUAUAUCGUGAUAAUGAUUUGAGGCCAUAUCACCCAGCCCUAGUCAGAGGUCAGAAAAUCUUGAUAGAAAUACGGUUUUAUUUGCUGUCUUAGGUCAUAAAGGAGUGUAACUCUUAACUUCUGCCUUUUUGAAAAACAGUUAAAAAAUAACUGCUCAUAGGACCUUUUACAUCUUCACGGGAGUGGUGGCUUACUCAUAGACUGUUUUCUGUGGCAGAUUUUCAAAGCCUACUCUGACUGAAAUGCUGACUCAACUUUAGUGUAGCUUGACGUGGAGUUGAAGUUGGCAUUUAGCCUCCCUGCUGGCAGUCACUGGGAGCUUGUCUAUUAGUCAAGUCAAUUGUGCCUCUGAUAAUGCAAAAAUUAUAACCUCAGUGUAUUAAAACCUAAAGAGUUAUUAAAAAAAAAUGAACCUCCUGUAUUUUGUAAAAAUAAAUAAAAAAAACAUGAGGUGUUCAAACUAUUUUUUAACAUUUUUUGGAAGCAGCUUAUGUUUUAUUGUGAGGAUGGGCUUUUUGUUAAUGGAUGCUCAUUGCAGAUUUUAUCACCUUUACAUUGGCUUCAUUUCUCAACACUGAAGGUUGUCAUUUCACCCUGGAAUCGGACUUCUAGAUACCCCUUCAUAUUUCCAUUUCGACACACUGUACCUUUAAGAGUGCCUCAGAGUCACCUGUAUUGUGAAUAUAAGUUUUUUCAUAAGAUGCAGGAAAUUAAUAUUGUUCAAUAUUGAAUUAAUAUUGAAUUUCGCUUCAGGGAUUAAUAAAGUUCUUCUUAUCUUAUGUAACUGAGUGAUGGGAACAAAGUCAUCAAACUGGAUGCGGUCAGUAACAGGGAGUUCUGCUUGUUUCUAAAAUCUCUGCAGGGUGAUGAUGAUCUGAAGGACACAGGCUUCCACCUGACAACCAGCAACCAGGGAGCGUCUGCAGUCGGGCCAGGAUUCAGCCUCAAAUUCUGA